AUGUCCACUGAUUGCUUGCGCAACGGUCCGGCCUUUUGUAGGCCUUCAGUCAAGAUUAUUGAACCGCUGCAGUUCAAGCUAGUGGGCUCUGACACCGUGGCAACCGCAUUUCCUAUAUUUAACUCAACUGAUGUUCCCGAUUCACUAAUCGAACUCAUGCUCGAAGAGUUCAAUCUGGAGAUAGAUGGCGGCCAAACGUAUCCUCAGUUUGAAAGGCUGACCAAGCAAGAGUUCAUCGACUAUUGGUUCGCUUCAUUUUGCGUCAUCGUGCUGCAGACAGACAAGGCUGUCAUUGAGGAGACAAGCGAUUGGCAAUCAACUCUGCUGGGUACUUUUUAUAUCAAGCCAAAUUAUAUGGCACGGUGUUCUCACAAUUGCAAUGCUGGUUUCUUGGUCAACCAUCGCCAAAGAAGUCGGAAAAUCGGGUAUAGAUUGGCCCAAGUGUAUCUCAGCUGGGCUCCUCUGCUGGGUUACAAGUAUUCUGUUUUUAAUUUAGUCUUUGUGACAAACACAGCUAGCUGGAGAAUCUGGGAUAAAUUCAAGUUCGAUAGAAUCGGACUUGUCCCAAAGGCUGCUGUUCUGAAAGGUUACGAGGAGCCUAUAGAUGCUAUCGUAUAUGGCAAAGAUUUAACCCGGAUUGAGCCGGAUCUGCUUGUCAUGGACUAA